GGCACGCGGCUGCGGCGUGAGGAGGGCGCCGCCGUGAGCCUGUCCUCGCGAGGGAAGCCUCGGGCGGCGAGGCGCUGAGGGACGGUGCCUGCCGCCCGCCCGGGUCUGUUUCCCGGUUUUCUGGCUCACACUCAGGCUCCGUUAUGCAGUCGUGAGUUGUUGCGAGCAUCGUUUUUUGCUGGGACGCUUCUCAGGAAAGAAGUGACAACCCGUGGACCACAACUUCUAACUCCCGCCACCACGUCCGUGGAAGCCGGAGUUCAGAUCUUACAUAAAAUGGAUGUUUCUCACAUGUUAUUGAACACUAAGUGCAUAAUCUAUUAAGUAAAACCCAAGCUGCCAUGGAAGAAAUACCAAUAAAAGUGGCUGUCCGUAUCAGACCUCUGCUCUGCAAAGAAGUUCUACAUAAUCAUCAAGUCUGUGUGAGGGAUAUCCCAAACACCCAGCAGAUUAUCAUUGGGAGAGAUAGAGUUUUCACUUUUGAUUUUGUUUUUGGCAAAAACUCCACUCAGGAUGAAGUUUAUAACACAUGCAUAAAGCCCCUAGUGCUGUCGCUCAUCGAGGGCUAUAAUGCAACUGUUUUUGCAUAUGGACAAACUGGAUCUGGGAAAACAUAUACCAUCGGAGGAGGCCAUGUUGCAUCAGUUGUGGAGGGUCAAAAGGGUAUCAUUCCUCGAGCUAUCCAAGAAAUAUUUCAGAGCAUCUCUGAAAAUCCUAGCAUUGACUUUAAAAUCAAAGUGUCGUAUAUAGAAGUGUAUAAGGAAGACCUAAGAGAUCUUCUAGAGUUGGAGACGUCUAUGAAGGACCUUCACAUCCGAGAAGAUGAGAAGGGGAACACAGUGAUUGUUGGGGCCAAGGAAUGCCAAGUAGAGAGCGUGGAGGAUGUGAUGAGUCUCCUGCAGGUAGGGAAUGCGGCCAGGCACACAGGCACCACCCAGAUGAACGAGCACUCCAGUAGAUCCCACGCCAUUUUCACAAUAAGCGUGUGCCAAGUUGAGAAGAACGCAGAGGCAGCUGAAAACGGAGAGUGGUACUCACAUCGGCAUAUUGUCUCCAAAUUCCACUUUGUGGAUUUGGCUGGAUCAGAAAGAGUGACCAAGACUGGGAACACUGGUGAACGAUUCAAAGAGUCCAUUCAAAUCAACAGCGGGCUGCUCGCUCUAGGAAACGUAAUAAGUGCCCUUGGAGACCCACGCAGGAAGAGCUCUCAUAUUCCAUACAGGGAUGCUAAGAUUACCAGGCUUCUGAAAGACUCCCUGGGUGGUAGUGCCAAGACUGUCAUGAUCACGUGUGUCAGCCCUUCCUCCUCGGAUUUCGAUGAGUCCUUAAAUUCUCUCAAAUACGCGAACAGAGCACGGAACAUUAGAAACAAACCUGCUUUAAACUUAAGUCCCCAGGCAGACCGAAUGGAUGAAAUGGAAUUUGAGAUUAAGUUGCUUCGAGAAGCUUUGCAGAGCCAUCAGGCCAGUAUCAGCCAAGCUAGCCAGGCAUCUUCAGAGAAUGUUCCUGACCAGAAUCGAAUCCAUUCUCUGGAGGAACAGGUAGCUCAGCUCCAGGAGGAAUGUCUGGGGUACCAGGACUGCAUAGAGCAAGCAUUUGCCUUUCUGGUGGACUUAAAAGAUGCUGUUAAACUAAACCAGAAACAGCAGCACAAGCUACAGGAGUGGUUUAGCAGGACUCAGGAAGUCAGGAAGGCUGUCCUCACCCCAUUGCCUGGAAACCAGGGCAUUGGGAACCUGGAAGAAGGACCCCAGCAUCUGACAGUUCUCCAGCUGAAGAGAGAACUUAAGAAAUACCAGUGUGCUCUGGCCGCCGACCAAGUGGUGUUCACGCAGAAGGAUCUGGAGCUGGAGGAGCUAAGGACCCAAGUGCAGCUAAUGGUGCAGGAGAACAAAGGGCAUGCCGUGUCUCUGAAAGAAGCCCAGAAAGUGAAUAGAUUGCAGAAUGAGAAGAUAAUAGAACAGCAACUCCUUGUGGAUCAGCUGAGUGCAGAACUAGCAAAACGCAGCUUGUCAGUGCCCACCCCAGCUAAGGAGAGCUGUGGGGACGGGCCUGAUGCCAGGGCCUUGGAAAAGAGACCUCAUACAGCUCCAUUUGGGAGUCACUGGGGACACUAUGUUUACAUCCCAUCAAGACAGGACUUCAAGAAGGUCUGCUCAAGUCCUCCUGUAUACUCUCUGGAUCAAGUAUUCGCUGGGUUCAGAACUCGAAGUCAGAUGCUGAUGGGUCACUUAGAAGACCAGGAUGAAGUUCUCCACUGUCAGUUUUCUGACAACAGUGAUGAUGAGGACUCAGAGGGCCAGGAGAAGCCCAGAGUUAGAUCUAGAAGUCACUCAUGGGCCAAAAAGCCAGGCUCUGUUUGCUCCCUUGUUGAACUGAGUGACACUCAGGCUGAGUCUCAGAGGUCCUACCUGGGGAAUGGAGAUUUGAAGAUGGAAUCUCUCCAGGAGAGUCAAGAGAUAAAUUUACAAAAAUUAAGGACUUCAGAACUCAUACUUAAUAAAGCUAAACAAAAAAUGAGAGAACUUACAAUUAACAUCAGGAUGAAAGAAGAUCUGAUCAAAGAGUUAAUAAAAACAGGUAACAAUGCCAAGUCUGUGAGCAGACAGUAUUCUUUGAAAGUGACAAAGCUGGAGCAUGAAGCUGAGCAGGCAAAAGUGGAGCUCACUGAAACCCGAAAGCAACUGCAGGAGCUGGAGAGCAAAGACCUUUCUGAUGUUGCUUUGAAGGUAAAAUUACAGAAAGAGUUCCGUAAAAAGAUGGAUGCUGCGAAGCUGAGAGUUCAGGUCUUACAAAAGAAGCAGCAAGACAGUAAGAAGUUGGCAUCACUGUCCAUCCAGAAUGAGAAGCGGGCCAGUGAGCUGGAGCACAACGUGGAUCACCUGAAAUACCAGAAAGUGCAGCUGCAGAGACGGCUUCGAGAAGAGGGCGAGAAGAAGAAGCAGCUGGAUGCAGAAAUUAAGAGAGAUCAACAAAAAAUCAAAGAGCUGCAGCUAAAAGCAGGUCAGGGAGAAGGUCUGAACCCCAAGGCUGAGGACCAGGAUGGAUUUAACCUGAACAGAAGAAAAAGUCCUUUCAGAAGUGGGGACCAAUUCCAGAAAUUGGAUGAGCAAAGGAAGUGGUUAGAUGAAGAGGUGGAGAAGGUCCUGAGCCAGCGCCAGGAACUGGAAAUGCUGGAGGAAGACCUGAAGAAACGCGAGGCCAUCGUCUCCAAGAAGGAAGCCCUGCUUCAGGAGAAGAGCCUCCUGGAAAACAAGAAGCUGCGAUCUAGCCAGGCCUUAAGCACAGAUGGUCUCAAAAUAUCGGCUCGCCUGAACUUGCUGGACCAAGAGUUAUCUGAGAAGAGCUUGCAGCUUGAGAGCAGCCCGACUGAGGAGAAGGUGAAGAUUUCAGAACAGGUCCAAGCGCUUCAGAAAGAAAGGGAUCAGCUCCAGAGACAGAGGAACAGUGUGGACGAGAGGCUCAAGCAUGGGCGAGUGCUGUCCCCCAAAGAAGAACAUCUUCUUUUUCAACUGGAAGAAGGAAUAGAAGCCCUGGAAGCUGCGAUUGAAUUCAAGAAUGAAAGCAUCCAGAGUCGCCAGAACUCACUCAAGGCGUCAUUCCAGAACCUCUCUCAAAGUGAGGCAAAUGUUCUGGAAAAGCUAGUUUGCCUGAAUAUUACUGAGAUUCGAGCUAUUCUUUUCAAAUAUUUCAACAAGGUAAUUAAUUUGCGAGAAACGGAACGUAAACAACAGUUGCAGAAUAAAGAGAUGAAAAUGAAGGUUCUAGAACGGGAUAAUGUGGUCCAUGAGUUGGAAUCUGCGUUGGAGCAGCUGAGACUGCAGUGUGACCGGAGACUGACCCUCCAGCAAAAGGAGCACGAACAGAAGAUGCAGCUGCUCUUACAGCAUUUCAAAGACCAAGAUGGAGACAGCAUUAUAGAAACACUAAAAAACUAUGAAGAUAAAAUCCAACAGCUGGAAAAGGAUCUCUACUUCUAUAAGAAAACCAGCAGAGAUCUCAAGAAGAGACUGAAAGACCCCGCCCAAGGAGCAGUGCAGUGGCAGCGCACACUGACCGAGCAUCAUGAUGCUGGAGAUGGAGUUCUGAAUCCAGAAGAGACGACUGUGCUUUCUGAAGAACUAAAAUGGGCAUCUAGAACUGAAAAUACAAAGUUGAAUGGAAGCGAAAGAGAAGUAGACAAUUCUUCAAGCAGCUUAAAAACCCAACCACUGACCCAGCAGAUUCCAGAAGAUGGCCCAGACUCACUUCCAGUCCAUAGCUCGUUAGCGCCCUCUAGUGGCCAACUUCAGAGCAUUGCCGAUAAAACAGAGGCCCGUCCAUUUACACACUCUCAGAGUCCACCACCACACCAGUUCCAGCCUGUGAGAAGUAUAGGACCGCUUCAGGGGGUCAAGCCUGUCAAACUGUGUCGCAGAGAAUUACGUCAGAUUUCUGCCGUGGAGCUGUCUUUGCGGCGAUGCAGUCUUGGAGCUGGGGGCCGGUCAAUGACUGCUGAUUCCCUUGAAGACCCCGAGGAAAGCUAGUGAUUUCAAAGCACAGGCCCUGAACAAUAAAACUUCUGAUUUAGUAAAUGUGUGGAACGAUGCCUUUUCUGACUUACAGAACUAAACCUCAGGGUAGCGAGCUCUUUCCUGGGACACAGGAAUGGGGUUGGCACCACUCCUGUGUACGACAGUGUAUGUGGGGGCUUUGUUAUUUCAUAAAUGCAUUUUUGAGUGCUUGUACACUGAACGAUUUCUACUUGUGUGUAUAAGUUCCUUUCCUGACAUACUUGCUUUAUUUUUUAUGUACAUUUUAAGAACAAAAUUAGACU